AAGAAACUGACCCACCCCACACAAAACUCAGGGUUUCCAAUCUUCACUAAGCGACAGAAAGCAGAAUGGUAAGAGGUGGACUGAGGCAUACCUCUGAGCUCUUGGUCACACAGGUGGCCAGCAGUGAAAGGCCAGAUGCAUUUUGGGUGAGUGUUCUGAAAGUCAAACUUUUCAGGUAUGCUAUCUCCUGGCUUCUGGUUGUUUUUGUAAAAUUUAAAGGGCCAAGAUUUCAAUUUGUUCUCAAAGCCUCGUAAUGCAUGGUUUGAAUAGCUGUAAGUCUAUAGUACUUGCUCAGCCCAUCCCAGUUCUUGAUUUAUCUUAAUUUAGAGAGUGUCUCACUCCAUAUUAGAACCGUAUUUUUCCUGUCAGAGGGCAGAGUUAACCGUAGCACCAAACAAGUAAAAUGGGAUGAAAAAGAAUUUCAAAGGAGAAAUAGUAACACUAUAUUAAACAGGACUCAGAGCACUGCACAGAACUGUAGAGAAAGUAGAAUUGAAAGGACAGAGAACAGGAAAUGUUAUUUUCCAAAUUAGUAAAAGUGAUUGGCAAAUUAUGACUACCCUGUGAUAAUGAGUAUUUCCAGUUCAUAGUACUUAGUUCAAUUUUCUAAAAACACUUUCUUUGGGAUUAAGGAUAAACAUCACAAUAACAGCAUCUCUCUGGUGACUGGUGAUAAAACCCAGGGGUAGGGCCAUAUACCUGGGCUGAGCCCCUAGCACUGCAAAGAAAAGAGAUAUUUCCAAAUAUUUCUGGAAUCCUCAAACUGGUCUUAAUAACUAUCUAUGUGAGAGGAAGGAAAUGGGGAGAGGAUGGUGGUUCUGAAAAGAAGGUUUAGCUAGAGGCAAGAUCUUUGGACCAAUACCCAAUACACACUUUGCUUUGCAAACGUAAUUCCCGGCUCACUAAGCCAGUUCUGAGCUGUGCAUGGGGUGUGGAAGGCAUUGUAUGCUUCCUGACACAUGGGCCUUUUCUUCAGGUGCGGUGUUCAUGACCCCUCCUCUCAAAGAUAAACAAUAAUCAGUAAAUCAGUAAUGUUUAUGAAUUUUUGCUUCUGCGAGUCACUGUCUUCUGUGCUGAGAAACACAAGCGUAUGAAGAACUCACACAGUGCCGAUUGCCCUUACUAGUCUAAGGGAUACUGAUACUGCCCCUGUGCCUGAAUCAGGAGGGGCGUGGCUGCUCCUUUCAAUGGAGAGCAAAGCCAUAGAGGUAGAGGUAGUGUAUGAAAAUUACUUCGGGGCUGUGUAUUAUUCAUCUUCGUGUGUUCGGAAUCAAGCAUGCUGCCUGGCACACGGAAGAUGAUUCAUAGCUGUUUGUUGAUUUGGUAGAUGAGCCCUCGCUAGACAGUGAGUACUGGAGUAAGUUUCAGCAUCACACUGGUCCAGGUAGAAGGCUGGAAAGUUUCCGGAACCGCACCCUCCCCCGUCCCCCAACACCCUCCCCACCCAACCCUGCCUAUCCCUUCCUUGCCACAGUCCAGCUUGCAAUCAGGCCCUGUGAGCUUCUGCGGUCUGCAUCCACACGGAAAGGCAUUGCAGCUAGCACCCUGAACAAACCUGAAAAACAGCCGGUCCCACUUGCAUCUACCUUUCCUGAGCAAGGUCAGCUAACCAAAGCCGGAGUGCUUCCACUCUCUCUGGCUUCGCCCCUCCCCUCCAGGUCCGCCACCGCAGGCCUAUCUGGCGCCGCCCGAGGUCUACCUGCCGCGCCUGGUGGGUGGAGUGUGAGCUGAGUAGUCUCCCUGUGCUGGACUCUGCACCCUUAGGUGCUAGAGUCUUGCCUCUCAGCGGAGCCUCCGUCUUCGGCGCUGCCAUGGAAGAAGGGUCCAGAUCCCAAUCGCCCCGGGAAGAGCUGGAGCUCUCGAUGCUGGACGGGCCUCAGGAAGAGCUGACACCUCUCAACAAUGACCUUCGGAUCCAGCCUAACUCCGCUGAGGACCCUAGCCCAGCCCAGGUGGGCAAGGAAAGCCCCUGGAGUCCCUGCAACAAGAGCGUGGUUGGAAAAUGUAAACUGUGGAUGGUCAUUGUCACCAUAUUCUUGUGCUUCAUUAUAGUGAUCGUUAUAAGCCUAUGCCUUGUAGGAGUGACGUAUAUCGAUGAAGAUGAAAAUGAAAUACUCGAAUUAUCGUCAAACAAAACAUUCUUCAUCACGCUCAAGAUUCCAGAGGAGUGUGCUAAUGAAGAGGAGUUGCAUCACUUGCUCACUGAAAGGAAUUUCUCACUGGGUCCCAGGAAACAACCUGUUUGGUUAGGUUGGCUGACCAGUGUGUCCCCGGGAUCCUGCUGUCCCUGCCUUCCCAGCACAUGCAGUACAAAGGAGCUCACGGACACGUAUAGACAGUCCCCAUCUCUGAGUCGUUUUUUCACUUCUGCUGAUAUCUUGGAUUUCAGUUUGGAGUUCCAUCUGAAGAUGAUGACUUUAUGAAAUACAUGAUGAGUGAAGAGUUGGUGCUCGGCAUCAUGCGACAGAGCUUCC